AUGGCGUGCUACGGUCGUUCCCUGGACUCCCCUUGUACUCUGGCUCUGCUGGUGGGAUUCCAGUUUGCCUUUGUCCUGUACUUUUCCCUGGGGGGCUUCCGAGGCCUGGUGUCUGUGUUGGUCCACACCACAGAGCCAGAGUUCGAUUACUCCCGACCCCAUGAUGUGUACACUAACCUCAGCCACCUUGGGCCGCCGCCACCCCCUCCCCGCAACACAGGCACCGGACCCCCCGGAACGACACCUCCUCUGAAGGAGUGCCAGUUGCCCUCUCCACUGCUGGUGGGUCCCGUGUCGGUCCACCUGUCUGCCCCGUUGUCUCUUGAGGAGAUCCGACGGAGGAACCCCCUGGUGUCCCCGGGGGGUCACUACAGCCCCCCGGACUGCGAGCCCCGCCACCACACGGCCAUCGUGGUCCCGUACCGGAACCGGCAGACCCACCUGCGGGCCCUGCUGUACCACCUGCACCCCUUCCUGCAGAGGCAGCAGAUCCACUACAGCAUCUACAUCGUACAGCAGUGGGGGAACAGUACAUUCAACCGCGCCAAGCUGCUGAACGUGGGGGUACGAGAGGCGCUGCGAGACGAGGACUGGGGCUGUAUCUUCCUCCACGACGUGGACCUGUUGCCCGAGAACGACCACAACACCUACACCUGCCACAAGCAGUUCCCCACACACCUGUCUGUCGCCAUGGACAAGUUCCGAUACAGGUUACCGUAUCCUCAGUACUUUGGUGGCGUGUCCGCAGUGACCCCAGACCAGUAUAUGAAGAUGAACGGCUUCCCUAACCACUACUGGGGCUGGGGAGGGGAGGACGACGACAUCGCCGCUAGAGUGCGUCUGUCUGGCAUGAAGAUAGUGCGCCCCCCAGUGGCCAUCGGCCACUACAAGAUGAUCAAGCAUAAAGGAGACAGAGGCAACGAGCAGAACCCACGCAGAUUCGACCUGCUGAAGAGGACCAGGCUCAACUGGCGCUCGGACGGCAUCAACUCGCCCUACGACCUCCUGUCCCGGGAGCUUGAGCCCCUCUACACCAACCUGACGGUCAACAUCGGCGAGGACCCCCACCUGCCCCUGCUGAAGUUCCCCAAUCAGCGGAGACCGGGCAGGCCCCCGGCGCCUAAAGCGGCCACGAGGAAGGCCGCCGGGACGCCGCCAAAAUCGCCCGACAAACCGCCGGACGUCGGGACUCUAGCGGCGAAUGUGACGCGGCCGGCGGAGGAAGAGACACGAGACCCCGCCCACUCAGCAGCAGCCAAUCAGACGACACAGGCGAAGCCCGGUGUGAUCAAAUAG